AUGGUUUAGGCCAGGGGUGGGCAACCCUUGGCACGCGUGCCAAACAUGGCACGCUAACGGCUUCUUUCCGGCACGCGAGACCCGGGCUCACCUCAAUAAAAAAAAACCUUUAUAUGGCAACCGCAUGCCGCCUUGGCGGCAGCCGGUGGAAGGAUUGUUUCCCGUUCUGUUGUUAAAUAAUUAGCCAUGCGGCCAGACGUGGUGUGACUCCUUUACCAUCAUUAAUAUUUUAUAUAUUUUUUCGAGUUUUGCAGUUUCGCAAAGAAUUUAUCGGUUAGCAAAAUCCAAGUUCAGCUAUAUGAAUGUUUAAAUUUAAUUAAAAGAAAAACAAAUAUUACACCAAGAUCUGUAAUAAUUAUCUGGCUAUCAGAGAUUGCAUUAAAAACAUUAUAUCAAAAGUCAACCUCUUUUAGAUCACUGGGUCAUUAUAUGGCACAUUAACUUAAAAGGUGUCUUAACUUUCAUGGAAGGGAACAUGGCUUUUGUGCUCAGUGUCCCAUAAAUGUCACAUGCAUAUCCGUUCUCUCUAAUCAUUGUUCCUCUGGUGGUGAAUGUGUGAAGUGUGAACCAGCAAAGUAAACAUAGCAAGAGGGAGAAUCGCUGACCACGUGCAAGUAAGUUAUUAUUUACUGUCCAAAUUAUCAGCUGUCAUAGUGUUUGUCAUGCUUACCCAUAAAUUUAUCGAUGUUCCUAAGACACUGCUGAAUCUGUAUACUCCUGUGUACAAGGAAAAUUUGGCGCAACUUACCUUAGCAAGGCGAUUUAAAUUUUGCCCCUAAAAUGUGACCUUUUUUAAGCUGAAUAAUGGAUCUCACCCCGCUUAAAUUGUACAGAAUGUCACGACCACCAGCCAAGAAACGAUGUCAUACAAAUGAAGAGGAUAUUAGAGAAUUUAAAGAAUACUGGACUGAAAAAUUUGGCAUGAUUAAGAAAGAUAAUAAAGCAUUAUGCAUUUUAUGUUCUGAAUCAGUUGUUUGUAGGACUUCUUCUGUGAAGAGACAUUUUGAAACUGUUCAUAAAAACUUAAGUAAUGUAACUGAGCAAGAACGAAGAGAAUUAAUUUCUCGUGAAAUGAUUAAGACAAAAAAACAGUCUGAUGUUUUGAUGAAAUUUAUUUCAGGUAGGCCAAGUUCCAACUUAGUUGCUGCUGGUUUUGAGGUUUCAAAAGUUAUUGCCCAACAUGGAAAGCCACUCAGUGAUGGGGAGUAUAUUAAAGAAGCAUGGCUAGAAUGUGCUCCUUUCCUUUUUGAUAACCUUUCAGAAAAGGACAAGAUUAUUCAGCGCAUUAAAGAUUUGUCUGUGAGUAGAAAAACAGUUAAGGAUAGGAUACUUAAGAUGGAAAUGAAUACAACUGACCAAUUAACAAAGGAUUUAGCUUCAUAUAAGUUCUUUUCUAUUUGUGUUGAUGAAAGCACAGAUAUUACAUCAUCAGCUAGGCUAGCAAUUUUUUCUCGAUUUUGUAGGGAUGAUGAGGUAUGCGAAGAGAUGAUUAACCUUGUAACACUACCUGAGCGUACCACUGGGGCUGACAUAUGUAAAGCAGUUGUGAACGAAUUAUCUAUUCGACAAAUUGACAUUUCAAAAGUAGUAUCCGUCACAACAGAUGGUGCACCCAGUAUGAUUGGUAAGGAAGCAGGAUUUGUAAAUCUGUUUGCAAAACAUGUUGGUCAUCCGCUGAUAGGUUUUCAUUGCAUCAUACAUGAGGAGGCUUUAUGUGCUAAAGCUGGUCUAAAGGAACUUCAAGAAGUGAUGCAAACAGUCACCAAGGUUAUUAAUUACAUUUCUGCACGUGCCUUAAAUAAAAGACAAUUUCGGAAUUUAUUGAAUGAGGUGGAUUCGGUGUACAAAGGACUAACAAUGUACAACAAUGUUCGUUGGCUUAGUCGAGGAUUUGUUUUGAAACGAUUUGUUGAAUGCAUGGAUGAGAUAAAUCUCUUUCUGAUUAACCAACAAAUGUCUUAUAAAGAAAUGUCUGACAUCGUGUGGAUUUGUAAACUAAUGUUUUUUGCAGAUUUAUGUGAACAUUUAAAUGACUUAAAUGUUAAAUUACAAGGCUCUGGUAAGACACUUGAUGUUAUGUUUGAUUACAUAAAGGCAUUUGAAAUGAAACUAGGAGUUUUUAAGAGGGAUGUAGAUAGUGAAAGAUUUAGAUACUUUCCAAACCUGAAGAAAUACAUCAAUGAUCUCACAAAGGAUGACAAAACAGACUGCCAGUGUCUUCAGAAGCUAUUUGUAAACAUCAUUGAGUCAACUGUUGAGCAGUUCUCAACAAGAUUUGCUAGGUUCAGAGAAUUAGAAGAGACUGCAAAAUUCAUUAAGUUUCCAGACAGUAUAAAACUGGAUGAACUAAACUUGCAGAAGUUUUCAUGGAUAGAUAUGGAUGAUUUUGAAAUGCAAUUGAUUGAAUUUCAAACUAGCUCAAUUUGGAGGCAGAAAUUUGUUGAGCUUAGAGCUGACUUGGAAAGUAUUGAAAAGGAUCGAUUAGAGAAGGGAGUAAGAGAGAGAAAUGCCGAAAACGAGGUACUGAUGACUUGGAAUACUAUUCCAGAAACUUUUGUCUGUUUAAAAAAACUUGCAACAACAUUACUAACCAUUUUUUCAUCUACAUAUUCUUGUGAAUCAUUGUUCUCAGUGAUGAACUCUGUUAAGUCUCAUAAUAGAAGUAGCCUUACUGAUGAAACUAGUAGCGCAUGUAUAUCUCUCAAGGUUACAAAAUAUAAACCGGAUAUAAAUUAUCUAUCAUCAGGGAUGCAGCAGCAGAAGUCUCAUUGAUUCUAAAUAAAGAAAAGGUUCACAAUUAUUCGUUCCCUAAUUUUCAUUUGAUGUAUUCUGUUAAAAAUAUUAAGGAUUCGCUUUUGUUUAACCCUUUAGGUGCGUAAUUAAAUUUCGCGCCGGUUCCUGAAAAGUGUCAAUUAUCCUGCCAAAAAUGAAUUUCAUAUAAU